UUGAAAAAACGAUAGCAACAAUUCUAAAAUAAAUAAUCACGGCCAAACGUCGACGAUGGCCACAUCAACCGACGACGGUAUCUAUCGGUUCAACUGGUUUCUGUCGCUACGCCGGAAGCGAUCGUCCACGAUGGGAAGUAAAAAGAACGACGAAUUGUUUACGGGCGAUGACAGCGGGGGCGGCGGCGAGCACCACCAAGCCCCGCACGGUGGUAGCGUCUUCUAUACCCUUCGCAAGCGGUUCCAAAAGAAAUUUACGUCGGUGAAGGUAAAAGCGUACGAACCGGAUGGCCUAGCCAGUAGUUGCACGGCCAACACACCGAGCUCCGGCAGCAAUAGUGUCGCACAGUGCAAUGGAUCGACGACGGCGGUCCGUGAUUCGGGGGCAUGCUUGACCGGGAACGACUUUGCCCGGAUCGUAAUCGAACGACACACGCAGAACCCGAUACGCUUUUCCGCAAACUUACCUGUGAUAAUGAAUAGAGAUAUUGUACCAAAUAUGGUGGGCCACGACAGGGCGGGCGGCGGUGAUCCGGCUCCUUUAGACGCGCCCGACGGUUGCCGUUCAACGCUCGACGACACUAUGUCCCGCAUGCGAGUCGACCUGCUACAGUACGGUUGGUACUGGGGAAAAUUGACGCGUUCGUCCGCCCAGAAGCGGUUGGCACGACAGUGCAACGGAACGUUCCUGGUCCGCGAUUCACAGACGGAGAAGUAUCAGUUCACCGUUAGUUUCCGUAGCUCCGGCAUUACGUUACAUUGCCGAAUCGACUACAAAAACAACUACUGGUCGUUUUCUGGUUUGACGACUCCGACCACCUAUGAGACGAUGAUUGAGCUGAUCGAGGACACGAUGAAAAAGUCCGAAUUCGGAAUGAUUGGAUACGUGAAGCAGAACUCGCCCCUCAUGCCACCAUUCCCGGUCCGGCUGACGAAGCCGAUCAAUCGGUUCUACGAAGUUUCCACACUACAGCAUUUAUGUCGAUUUAUCAUACGGCAGAAAAUCGAUUCGAACGACAUUGCCAAGCUACCACUACCGGAAAAGUUGAAGCAAUACGUGGAGGAGAAUUUUUACGAUCUCUAGAACACACCAGCGCAAAGACCGAAUUUGCCGACGAGCGACGCAAAGAGACCGUACCGUGCAGGGCCGCAAUCUCAAUAAUAAUCACUUACUCGUUAAGCGAAACAAACCAGUGAGACAAGAGUUCAAUCAAAAUGCCGUUAUAUACGGGGAAGGAAAACUACAAACGCACAAUGCACUUUUCUCGGCAAGGCAAACAAAACAAUAGGGUUUACAGACUUUCUUUCAAAUUUGUAUGUUCCUGUCGAACGUUAUGUUUUCCAUUUUCCAUCAAUCGACUAAUAUAGUUCCGCGUUCGAACUCGGCAUACUUUCAAGCAUUACGAACAGUUCGACGGAGGCAACGUACCCUAGAGAUUACCUUUCCUUGUUACGAUUGUAUCACCAAAGAUAAGCGGACAAAAAAACAAAAUAAACUACAAAUUAAACCGUCUUCAAACAGAGUAACUGUUUCGGGACCUGCG